GCCCGCGCCGCCCUUUGCCAUGGGGCGGCCUCUGGUCUCGCCCUACGUGGACAACGCCAACCUCUUCGGCGUCUGCGCGGAGCACGUUGGCACGGCCCUCGACGAGGUCUGCGCGGAGUUGGACCGCCUGAGCCUCGCCUACAACGAGAAGGUCGAGCCGACCCGUCUGUACGAGUCUGUCGGGGUGGUCUUCGAUGGGCAGGCGCGGAAGCUCAGGCACACCGACAAGAGGGCCUGGAAGCUCUACUUGGGCCUCCAGCGCCUCAUAGGCGUAGGUGGUGCCACAGGCUCGCUCCGCAUCAUCUACGGGCACCUCGUGAACUUCUUCAUGCUGAUGCGGCCCGCCUUGGCAGUGCUCGACCUGGGCUACCACUUCAUCGCGGAGCACCGCGAGAGGUUCGCCAAGCUCCAGCCCGACCUCUUGGACGAGAUCUGUGUCGCCAAGGGUCUGAUUUUCCUGGUGGAGGUGGACCUUGGGGCGCCUUGGGCUCCGGCCACUUACUGCAGCGACGCCAGCACCUACGGCUACGCGUUGCACGAGGCUUGCCUGGCGGACGACGAGCUGCUCGACACCUUCAGCGCACGGGAGCGCUGGCGCCUCCUGAACGUAGAGCCCGCCUUCCAGCCUGGUGCGGCCGACGGGCCGCCCUCCGCCAUCGCCGCCGAGGCCACAGCUACUCUCGCGGCGGGGCUAGUGGGCGACCCUGCUUUCGAUUUUGACGACGAGCAUCGCGGGGGCGCCUGCCUGGACCGCCGGCCCGCGCGCACGGCCACGCUCGAGCUCGACGGGAUGGUGACUCCCGUGGCCGACGCCGUGGUCGACCGCCACCGUUGGGCUCUGAUCGUCCGAGGCGCCUGGAGGUACGCGGCCCCUAUCCACGUGAAGGAGGCGCGCGCGCAGCUGCUGGGCCUGAUCAGGGCCUCGCGGAGCACCAGGAUGCACGGCCACCGCGUGGGCAGCAUGGGCGACAACAUGGCUGCCCUCCUCAGCUUCGAGAAGGGCCGCGCCCGUGACUUUGCCCUCAGACAGCUCUGUCGGGUCGCUGCCGCGAGGCAGAUCUCCGCCGACAUCCAGCGGCGGCAGCGGCACGUCGAGACGGACCGCAACCCUACCGACUACGACUCCAGAGCGGCCGAGCUCGGGGAGGUGCAGCCCGGGCAGCCACAGUGGGGGCCUCCCGCCGCCCUAGCCGCCAUCGAGGCCAGCCUGGGGCCGCCGCCGCCAGCCGAGGGCUGGCGGGCUGCCCGACCAGCCGCGGGCUCUGCCGGCGGCCUGACCGCGCACGGCGCCCAGCGGCGCCUCGCUCGCGUGGCAGGCCUGCAUGCCCGCCGCGGCCGCCGCUGCCUGUCAGAGGUCGCGCCAGGGCCGCAGCCACCACAAUCGUUUGAUACCCCGGAGGUUUCCAAAGGGGCAGCCUCAGAGACGGCGGAGGUCAUCGCCGCGCCUGCUCCGAGGGAGGCAGAAGGCAAAAAGCUCUCGCUCGCAGCCUCUCGUCCUCGUGGUUCCCGUCGCCCCAAAGCUUUCUGCGAGAUCUUCGCGGACUGCGCCCGGCUCAACGCCGCCCUCAGGGACUUGGGCCUUUCGGUGACGACCCCGGUGGACCUGAAGAACGGCUCGAAUUUCGACAUCCUGGACUACAGGGUCUCCGGCGGCUGGGAGGCUCACUUGGCGGCCGCUGUCGGGCGGCCCACCUGCGACCUCGUCAGGCACGAGCCAGUCGCAGGGGCCCGCAGGCGGCGGAACUUCAUCGAGCCGACGGUCCUGGCGGCCAGGAGGCGCGCCCUCGCCGAGCAGCAGGGCCGCCACGUGGUGCACGGCACCAUCCACUGCCUGCGCUACCCGCGACGGACCCCCGCCACGCUGCCGCUCAGCCGCCACGCGCUCGCCCGCUGGAGCCAGGCGGGGCCAGAGCGGGUCCGCGACCCGCUGCCGUGGGGAGCCGCCGUCCUGAUCGCCGAUCACACGAUCCAGCAGGAGCCCCUCGGCGAGGCGGCCGCGGGCGCGCUCGUCGACAGCUUCGACGGGUACCUCCGGCCAUCCAGCGUGCUGAGGAUCAAUGGCGCCGACGUGCACGUCGUCGCGGGCGGGGUGGCCAGGGGGCGCCCCCGCGCGACGGCCACCAUCGCCCCGCUCCGCGCCAACAAUGGAGCCGAGCCCCGCCCGCGGCUCAAGAACAACGAGCUCGACAUCUUCGGAGACCAGGCGAGCUUCAAGGCAGGACGGAGCUUCGUGGCCGACCUCCUCGUGAAGCUGAAGGACCAGCGCCUGCUGCAUCGCCAGCUCUUCCCGCUGACGCUGGCCCUGCACGACAGGUACUUCAGCGCCGCGGUCGCGGCCCUUCGCCCGCACCGCCUUGACGUGCACUGGAGAAGGUGCCACGCGCUCUGCUUCAGUCCUUCCCAG